UCUAAUUUUAACCUCAUUACUAUUUCUUUGUGUUCCAACUAACACUUUGUAUAUAGCCCCAUCCAGUACCUAUUUUGGCAAACUUCACUAUUCUUUCCAACAACUCACUGGUCAUGUAGCAGUUUGAUUUCUAGCAUACUUUAUACAAUACACAUAUAAAAGAACCACUACUCCAUCAUCCCCAUCACUCCAUUUCGUUUGCCUUUGGAACUCAAAAAUGGCAACGUAUCUCGUUUUCCAUCUUUGUCUAAUAAUGUCUAACCUUAUUGCACUCGCUUCGGCAAACAUGCAAGCUUCGUAUGGAGGAGGAGACGAAAACCAGCCACUGUUUGGCACACCGCCUAUCUGCCCGGAGGCAGAAGCCAUCGUCUUCUCUUGGGUCCAAACCGCCAUCGCCGAGGACCCCCGAAUGGCAGCAUCUUUGCUUCGACUCCAUUUCCACGACUGCUUUGUUAAUGAAAGUCAUAGUGUUUUUUGUACUUUUAAAGUGCAUCGAAAGGUUUUCAUGAAUAUGAGUGAAUUUCUUGUUUUGAUACAGGGGUGUGAUGCUUCUGUUUUGCUGGAUGACAAUGAGAACUUUCUAGGAGAAAAGACAGCAGCUCCAAAUGUGAACUCAUUGAGGGGAUUUGAAGUGAUUGAUGCUAUAAAAUCUGAGAUUGAAUCUGUUUGCCCACAGACAGUUUCGUGUGCUGACAUUCUAGCAAUUGCAGCCAGAGACUCUGUUGGACUAUCAGGAGGGCCUUUUUGGAAAGUGGAAUUUGGAAGAGGAGAUAGCAUAAGUGCUAGCAAAUCAGCCGCACAAAACAACAUUCCUGGCCCAAACUCCACUGUAGCCACCCUAGUUUCUAAGUUUCAAAACCUUGGUCUUUCUCUCAGAGAUAUGGUUGCUCUCUCAGGGGGGCAUACACUGGGAAAAGCCAGAUGCGUGACAUUCAGUUCUAGGCUGCUACCCAAUAGCGGCAGCCCCAACGAAGGAGCAAAUCAAGAGUUUAUUGAGUCACUAAAACAGCUCUGUUCGGUAUCUGGUAGUGGCUCGACACUGGCACAGCUUGACAUUGUAACCCCAGCAACGUUUGACAACCAAUAUUAUAUUAAUCUUCUCUCUGGAGAGGGGUUACUCCAAUCUGAUCAUGUUCUUGUGACUGGGGAUCACCAGACAAGAGAGAUAGUCGAAAACUAUGCCGUCGACCCAGUUGCCUUCUUUGAAGAUUUCAAGCAGUCAAUGGUGAAGAUGGGAAGCCUCAAACCACCAGCUGGAACACAGACCAUGAUCCGAACUAAUUGUCGAACUGUAAGCUAGAUUAUACUCAGUUUCAAUAUCUCUACCC